ACCAUACUUGUUGUGUUUGUUUUAGUGAAAGCAAAGAUGGCGAACGAACUAGACCGAGUGCGAAUCUCAGCUGCGGAACUCCGAGCUGAAGCGUCGAAUUCAGUCAAUAUAACUGACUGCCAUAAAGGUGAGAGGAACUGAACUUGGUCAUUUGAAGGGGUCAAUACUCGGGAAAGUCGUUAGAUUAAGUGUAGGCGUAUGCGAAGUGAACUAAAAGUAACCUGAGGAGUUGCUAAGUUUGUAACAAGCUAAUGUUGUUAGCUAGCUAGCGCUGUGCUCUGUGGUCCGCGCGGUCUGUUUUAAACGCCCCCUUCACGAAACAACGACGGAGGGUUAAAGUUUGGCUUUGAAAUGAAUUUAUUUCAUCUAGAUAUUGUUGUAUCCUUCUGCAGCAUAUGAUAUAUACUGACUCGAUUACGGAUAUUUGUUCAGAGUAUGCAUUUAUUUAAACGUAGUACGAUACAGUUCAUCACGUUAUUUUAACGAAAAUCAACGUUAAAAAAAAUCAUCCAACGUCUUUAAGAUCUUCAGUUUCAUUUGUGUCGAUAGACUUCUGAGAGUUUUUGAUUGAAAGCUUUAAAAUGUGUUAUGAAAAACUGUGUUAAAACAACAAAGUGCUGAAAGUAUCGCAGAUUCAUCCGUCCAUAUGCUGAGACAAUGAGUACCGUACAUCAAAUGCUCUUAUGUACCGAGACUUUUCUUACCCACAAAAGUACCUCUAUAAAGACCUUGUUGUGCCGUAUCACCCACAGUAAAACAACUAACCACAGCACCAUGGACACUUAGUAAUAGGUUUUUGUUAGUUUGUUUCAAAUAAUUGUUAAAGUUGGAUUGUUAAUGGUUUGCUUCAGAGCUGAAACGUGUCCUAAAUCUUUCACUCCCCUAUUGUAUGGCUACGAAGUGGUCAAAAUAUUAGGGACUCCCUUUAAUAUAAAACAAUCUCAUUUAACACCACUUCAUACUAUGUCUGAAAUAAUAAAUAUAAAGUGCAACAAUAACCCUAACUUAUUAUGCCAACAUAAAGGGAAAUUUUAGAAGCUAAUUAAGAGCAGAGUUUGCUGUGGAGCUGUUGUAUGAAACUGCGUGAGAUUGCCCAGGUGCUCACAAUGUAGGCUGGUUUAUAUAGAAACGGUCAAAAUAUUAGAAACCUGUCAUUGUACUGGGUGACAAAGUCAGUCUUGAUAAACAAUGUGGAUAUAUUUUCUUUUAAAUUUCUUUUAUCUGUCAUCUCUUAUCUCUUUUACCUCUACCUUAUUUCGGCUUUACUGUCUUUUUAGCUUUUGUUAUACUUGUACUCUUUUCUCAAUGAACCUUUUAGGCCUUUUAUUGUUUUAUCUCUUGCUCAUUUCUGUUGCUCUAUUUUAUCACAACUAUUAUUAGCAAUAUAACCUGUUAUUAUUUUAUUAUCAUUGUUGAUAUUGCCUUUUAUAUUUACUAUCCUGUUUCUGCUUUCAUCCCCCCUUUUAAUUGCAUUUUCCUUUUUUCUUAACUAUUUUAUGUUGUUAUUUUGGUCCUCAUGGUCUCAUGUUACGUUGCAUGGUUCUUGAAUUGUCGGAGUUCCUUAUGACAUGAAAAUGGCCUUCAGUUACAUUUUAACUGAGGUUUUUGUUUUUAUCUGUCCUUUUCUGUGUGCUCUAUGACUACAUGUCAAAGCACUUUGUAAAAUUCUGUUUUUUAAAAGUGCUAUACAAAUAAAGUUAUUAUUAUUAUUACUUGUUAAACUUGUUAAAUUUGGUCUAUUCUUUGAACUUUAUGCCAAUUGCAGCCUUUACUUGUAAAGCACAAGUGUGGCAAAAUUAGCCAAUAUUUCUUUUGAGUUGCUAAAUGACCUUGUAUUUUUUUUUUCUACAGGAGAGCAACAUGUAAAUAAACAACACAAAAAACGUGAAGGGAAGCGUCCUGAUAUGCAGCGCUACCAGCCAGUUCCUGGACAUGGACGGCGCCGCUGUGAGAGUGAGGAGGGAGAAGCCGGUCACAGUGAUCCUUUGACUGCUGAUUCAUAUGAGCAUGAUCAACCCUCUCAGCAUGAGAGAAGGAACGUCUCGGAAAAAGUUUUUGAGAGACAGGGGUGCACAGAUGGCGGGGUGGAUGCUGACCAUAUGGAAGAUAACAGGAUGAGAGGUGAUGGCGGUGGAACUCAAAACUGUAAUAAAGGAGGUGAUGGGUGUCAGAGUAAAACUGAAGCAAAUCUGGGGAAAUGCCUCGCUGAAAAUGACAGGGAACAACAGGAACCUGCUGGAGCGGCAAAGCCAACAAAAAAAGCUCGCAAACCAGACAGAGAAUUUUAUCAACCUGGGAGCCGGAGGAAUAUUCAUGGGAAGGACUGUGGAGUAGGAAGCGAGCAGGAUAAACCUCCCCCGAAGAAGCAUGACCAGAAAAGUGAGCAAGAGUCUCAGCUGAUUUCAGAGGACAAGGAGGAGAACAAAAAAACUUGUACACAGAAGCAGGGACGUAAAGACAGAGAAGUGAAAGGCAUGCAGGGAAAUGUCAAACAGGUUAAAUCCAGUGAGACCAACAAAAAGCAUGGAAGCAGGGAUGUGAACAAGCCUCCUUUACCCUCUGAUUCCUCUGUGGAAAAAAUAUCUGUCAAAAUAGAGAAGCUCAGUGUAAAAGAAAAGGAUAACGCUGGGUGUGAAGGUGAUGUUGAGGAGCUUAGUUGCAGGAGCGGGGAAACAACUGACAAAAAAGGUAGAGUUCAGGGAGGAGGCUCAAAAGAGGAAGAGGAGAAAGAGAAGGUAGAGAAGAGGAGGGAAAGGGGAAACCGCAGGAGAAGAGCAGGAGAGAAGGAGAAAGAGAAGAAUCAGGAUGCCAGUCGAGCAGAGAAUAACGUGGGUGGUGGAGGGAAGGGGGAUCGAAGGAAAGCUGAAAGAGACAGGAAGGCAUCAGAGACUGAUAAAGAUAACAAACCAGGUAAACAAGGAGAGACACAUCAAAGCAAAAGCAGAGAGGAACGAAGAGAAAACAGAAGAGGUGACAACAACAACAACCGGUCGAGAGAUGCUGAGAAAGAUGCUAGGACACAAAGAAAUGUAGACAAGGCUGUAGAUAGAGGAGACAGAAACAAACCCAGUGCAAACAUCAAAACCCCGACCUCAAAACGCUAUUCCAAAUCAGAUAUUAGGCGCUCACGGAAUCGAACUUACAGCAGUAGUUCAGCCAGCAGUGUGACUAGCCUGGACGGCCCUGGACGAGGAAUGGAUGUGGAUGGUACCAAGUGGCUCUGCUUUGAGUCAAGGCUGAACAACAAAGAAAGUACGGCCAAUUGUGGAGAAGGAAGAAAGAGUCAUCUGCAAAGCUGGACAGCCAAGGGUGAGUCUUCUACAGAAUCCCUCGAAGGGAGUGAGUAUAGCGACGUAGCAGAAGAUAGAAGGAGGAGGAGAAGAGGUGGGGAAGAAGAGCUGAGUUCAGAGAGGCGAAGGGAGGAAAGGAACAGAUCAAAGGGAAACAAAGGUGAAUGUAGGGGAAUUCUCAGGGUUUCUCUUGAAAAACAGUCGGGUACCUCGUCACGCGGCGGUGCGGCACAACAACACUCUCAAAGCCCGCUUCCACGUGGGAGAGGUGGAGGCAUUCUGGUGCUUCCAACUCGAACAGACGUGUCCCAUUCACAUGAGGUCGGGCAAAGGCUUCUCUUUGGUGGAAUAAGAGGAGGAGCGGCUGGCAGGAGUAGAGGAGGCAGAGGGGGAGGAAUGAGACGCCUCUGGGAUCCAAAUAACCCUGACCAGAAACCUGCUCUCACCAACACCCAGUCCUCACAGCACUCAUCCCUUCAGCAGCCGGUUUAUCUUCAGACAGGGACUGGAUAUGGACAGCUUCACUUUCUGGACACAGAUGAUGAGGUUGCAGGCAGUCCUCCGGGUGUCCCACAGGGUGAGAACUUUCGAUCCAAACAAGCUGCUAUAGCCUACUACAAAUUCCAAAAAUCGGACAAUCCCUACUUCUACCCAAUGCCCACUGGCAACCCACAUAACCCUGGUAAUUCCACUGGCCAGCGGUAUCCAUAUCCUUAUCACAUGGGGCCAUAUCAAAUGAGCCCCAGUAAUGGUUUGUACUCGGGCCCUGGAGUAAAUCAGUUCUGCGGGAGUUACAAAAGUGCAGGUUAUUCCCAGACAGCUUCAGGAGCUGGUUUGUCUGCAGAAGAGGCAGAGCAACAAGCCCGGGGGGAGAUGGGGAGGCUGCUGAGGGCCGCGGACGCACAGGAGCUGCAGCUUAGUAACCUGCUGUCCAGAGACCGAGUGAGUGCAGACGGUUUGGAUCGCAUGGCUCAGCUCAGGUAAGGGUUAAUAACUGGAGUAGACAGAAAACUUAAAAUAUUUUUCUGUUGUUUUAAAUUCCUUGUUUGGCUGUCUGCUUCCCCUUGAGUCUCUCUGAUGAUGAACUUUACGAGACUGAGCGCUGUCGGCAUACUUUGUGAAAAGCAUCAUCCCGCUGUGCUCUGUGUUCUAGAGCUGACCUUUUGGGGCUGUACGAGCAGGUCGUCCUGACAGACAUCGAGUUCUCAGACUCUCAGAACGUGGAUCAAGCUUUGUGGAAGAAUGUCUUUUACCAGGUCAUAGAGCGCUUCAGACAGCUACUUAAAGAUCCCACUCAUGACAACACUCCUCAUAUCAGGAACAUGCUGCUUACGCUGCUUGAUGAGGUGAGGCAUGUUCUCUUUAUAUUGAGAAAAGGGGUUUAUAAUACUACCUUUGGGCAUAUUGGGAAAGAUGUGAAGCUAUAUUUGGACGUACAGUUUUGACCUUCCCUUGAAUACUGUUAUGUUUAAGGUCUAAUCAUUGGUCCUCAACAGUUUUAUGGUUCCAGCAUCGUUUUGGAUUUCUGUGGUAAUCAUUGUCUGUGUUUUGCAGGGAGCCUUGUUCUUUGAUGCACUGCUUCAGAAGCUGCAAACAGUCUAUCAGUUUAAGUUGGAGGAUUAUAUGGAUGGCAUUGCUAUCAGGGCUCGUCCAUUACGCAAAACGGUACAGCAGUAUUCCUUUGCAUUUUUAUCUCUACCUUUCAUGUGAUUUUAUUGAUGAAAUAAAAAAAAUCUUAAAAUCAUGUCUAACAGAAAUUUUAUGAUACUACUGAAGGGGGGAAAAAAACUUAUUUCAAAAUAACAAUACAACAGUCACACAACCUCUAAUGCUGAGACAGAUGCUGUUGGCAAAUGUAUUGCUUAUAACUUGUGCUAGUUUACACCUCUGACCUAACAAAACCUUUGAAGUUGUGAAAUGUGAAAAGUUUUUCUCGUGUCUGGCUCUCUCAGGUCAAGUACGCACUCAUCAGUGCUCAGCGCUGUAUGAUAUGUCAGGGAGACAUCGCACGUUAUAGGGAACAGGCCAGUGAUUCAGCCAACUAUGGCAAGGCUCGCAGGUAGAGUGCAGUUUAUAACUCUCUUGGUAUUGACAAUAUUUCUGCCCUGAAGCCACAUUAUGUCACAAGGUCACACAAAAUGAAGCUUUUUAAAAAGAUUAAUGCUUCUAUCUUCUUAUCGUAUUUUGUCUCAGCUGGUACCUGAAAGCCCAGCAGAUUGCCCCCAAAAAUGGACGGCCGUACAACCAGCUGGCCCUGCUGGCUGUCUACACAGUAAGGAGAUGAUUUUUGUUUGUUUAUGACAUCUUGUCUAUUUACUUGAACAUCUUUGGAAUUGAAAAUGUGACUUUCCUCCCUUUUCUCCCUUUUACAGAAGCGGAAGUUGGACGCUGUGUAUUAUUACAUGCGCAGCCUGGCAGCUUCUAACCCCAUCCUGACUGCAAAAGAAAGCCUGAUGAGUCUCUUUGAGGAAGCCAAGAGAAAGGUAGGACAGACGCUUCGGUAAUUAAUUUUCCUUAUGAGCACGCCAAGUUCUAGUACACCUGUUGAUUGUAGUGUGGCCUUAGGCAGCAAAAGAGCCACAUGUUCAAAGGCUUUGUACUCGCAGGCGGAGCAGCUGGAGCAAAGGAGGAAACAAGAGCAUGAAGGAGGCUCCAGGGGUCCAGCGGUAAGAGGAAGAGGAAGAGGGGAAGAUGGAGCACGUGUAGAGAUUUGGAUUCGCCCCAGCAGACAAGCGUCAACCCCGUCCUCACAGAGAGGAGGAAGUGAAUCGAGCAGAGACUCCGAACAGGACGGAGAGCUGGGCAAUCUCAGUGCUAGUGAUGUAAGAUCCUGGACUUUUGUUUUUACUUUACUUUCUUCCUACUCAAACACAAAAGUCUUAAUUCACUCUUUCUCAUUCCUUGACAUAAAAUGUAUCAAAUAAUAGUGGUAGAUUUAGCAGGUUUGAUAAUGUUGAUGUUUUUUAAACACAUAUUCUGCCUGCAUAUGUUCUGAAUUAGUCAACAGCUUCAUUCCCUCUCUCCCUUUGAAUGUAAUCUGCUGGUCAGCUGUUGUAGCUCCGUUGUUUACCCUUAAUUCAGACCUUCGCCCUUUUUUCCCCGUUGUUAUCUAAUUAAUAUUUUGAUAAUUUUUGGGCCUUUGUUGCCGUUUACUCAUCCUUUGUUUUCAUCAACGUUUCUUUGUUCAAAGAAUUUCAAACCGCCUCGUUUCUCCUUCUUCUCUAGUUAUUUGGCUCUUUGAGGUUUAUUUUUAUUUUCCCAGCAAUGAUUCAUCAUCCAUUUAUCAAAAGGAACAAGACUUUUUCAGCACAUAUUGUUCCUUCUCAAGAAAAAGUCCCUGCAGCGUUUUACCAGAGCAAGAACUUUUAUUUAUCCACUUAACCAUUAGAGUUAUGGCUUGGAACAAUGGCAAAGAAUACGCUUAAAAAUCUCUUUACUGCAGUCCAAAGCUGCCAGAACGUACUUCAUAUCUCCCAGUUCAUAAUAAUUCAGAAGACCUGCUCAGUCACGGUUCAAAGCAUGUGCUGUGAUAAAUGCUACAUGUUGAGUUUGGAGUCCUUCAUAAGUUGUUCACUUUGGUGUUGCUGAACAAACAAAAGCCUGAAAGAAGCAGCUUCUGCAAAAGAUGCUUUCAGGAGUGGAAGAUUACAGGUUUCUAUACUGCUGUUCUCUUGUUUACUUUCCUGUACAGAUUGCUUUUUGUCUGUAGUUUAUAUGAUAAGAAACCCAAAUAUUACCAGUAAACAAAACAAAGGAAGUCUGUUUUAGUCGCUCACCAAAGUACUCUGUGUCUCAUUAAUGAUGAGACAUAGAUGUGUAUUUUAUUUGUUACUUCUAAUUGAAGUCGCCUGUCAGUUCAAUUAUCACAACAUUUGCAACUUUAGCUCCUCCCCACAUCUGUCCUUGCUCUUCCAUGUUUCUUGUUAAACCUUUUUAUGCUAAAUUUGACUGUUGCCAAACAAUUAAUGACUCCUCUUUUAUUCUUUCUUUCAUGUGUUUUUAUCUGCAGCUACAUAAAAGGUUCAUUCUGAGCUUCUUGCAUGCACACGGAAAGCUCUUCACCAAAGUGGGGUGAGUGAUAUCUUAUGCGGUCUGGCUCUUAAAAUGCUAUAUAAGUGUGGAUAUAUUCUAAUGUUUCUGUCCUGCAUUCACAGCAUGGAGUCUUUUCCUGAAGUGGCGAGCCGUGUUCUGCAGGAGUUCAGGACACUGCUUCAGCAUGGCCCUUCCUUACUAGGCAGCACACACAUGCUGAAGAUCAUUACCAUCAACAUGUUCACCAUACACAACGCCAAUAGCAGAGGUAAUUCUAUGAAACAUUGCCUUUGACAUUUUCAACAAGUCUUUAUUGCUUUACGCUGAUUAAAGCUGAUUUAAAUUUCUCUCUCAUUUGUCAGGUGAAGAAGGUGAAGUAAGGUCUGUUUUGCAAGAGCAAAGCACAGCCCUGGGCCUGGGCAUGUUUGCACUGUUGGUGCAGCGCUGCACAGAGCUGCUCAGAGACACUCCUGCAGGUACACACACUAUGGGCUUUCUAAGUAUUUGAUCAGUGGGGUUUCAUUACAUCAGGUGAAAAGCUCAACGUCAGGAUUAUUGAACUGUCACCGAUGAUUAGUGGAAAAAUUCAUAGAGCUGACUACUUUAUUGAAUAAUGCAAGUCAGUGCUGUUGUCUUUAAUUUUUCAUCUACUUGGUUAAACAGAAAAGACAACGAUCUUAAGAAAUUUUCUUCCCAAAUUGUUUUCAAGUGCUAAUUGUAAAAUUACAUAUAAAGAAAGAAUUAAAAGAGUAAAUUUACAAGAUUUGUGAAUCUUUUUGAUUACAAAAUAGAUGACGCGUGUCACCGAAUUUGUUGUCGUAUCUUGAUGACUUGAAGUUGCGAUGAAUGAUGCUAAUAAAACACAGAAUUAUUUCAACAUUUUGCGAAUCUCUGUCCCAACAGAUAGUCCCAUCAAAAAUUUGCAGUGUUUUUAAUUUACUUUAACAUCACUUCAAUGUUAAAUCAGUUGUUUGUGUUUAUAGUGUUUUAAACAAACAAAAACCUUGUUUCCACUUUCAGAUCCAGCUGCAAUGGCUGAUGGAGAAGAGGAAGGUAAAGGGGAGGAGCUGGAGGGUAUGGUGCGAGUCUCUGCUUUUCUAUUGGACCUGAGGGAACUACUGCCAAGCAUUAAAGUCUGGUCAGACUGGAUGUUGGGACACCCGGAUUUGUGGAACCCACCACCUUCCAGCAUAGAGUGAGGAACCUCUACUCACUGAUUUCUUUGGUUUCUUCAACCACAAGAAAGAAUUAAAAACACUGUUUAUUAUUUAGAAACUGUUUUUAUUUUUCCUGAACUUCUGAGAAAUAACUGAGUGUUUAGCAUUUCUCCACAAGGCUUACAAAUGUGUGUCUGACAGAAAAAAUGAGAGAUGAUAGCUGUGAAAGUAGACUGAAACUAAUCUAUUGAUUCAUGACUGGGUUAUUACACCAUAUCAGUCAGAAUGUUGUUUUAAUUAAAAUAUAUAGAAGUUCCAACUUCAAAUCACUGUCUUAGACUAAUCUGCAAGCUCUGUUUACCAAGAUACUCACCAUCACUUAUGGCUUGUCUUUCUCCCCAGCGGCUGCCCGGAUGUUUGGCAGUGCCUAGCUGACCUAUGUAACGUGCUCGCAUGUGUGGACCACGAGGAAGUACCGCUGUACAAAGCCGACACUGACGAAAGCGAGGGAGACGAGGAGUUGACUGUGCUGCAGCUGAAAGAGGACAGGCUCCUUGCUGGUUUCGUGCCUCUGCUGGCUGCUCCCCAGGAGCCCUGUUACACCGACAGACAUACUGAAAUGGUGAGUGAAAAGAAAUGAUUUCUUUGCUCACCUUCAGACAUGCUAGUUUAAUCGCGGUCUUCUUGUUCUGAAGCACAUGUCUCCUUCAUCCUCUUUCCUCAGGCAAUAGCCGCAGAUUGCAAGAGAGUCACAGUGCUCAAGUAUUUUCUGGAGGCUUUGUGUGGACAGGAAGAGCCUCUGUUGGCUUUCAAAGGGGGCAAAUACAUCUCUGUGGCUACUGCUCCACUACCAUCAAACAACUCCAUGGAUACAAGGAGCAGGAUGGAUUCUCUCACUGAGAAAGAGGUGGGGGAAUUCUUUGUCCUUUCUGUCUUACAAGAUCCCCUUCCUGUUUUCAUGACCUGAUAACACAAAAUUAUGUAAAUGAAUUUAAACUGCGGUUCAGAAGAGCAAAAGUUUCUACAUCAAAAAUGGGUCUCAUCUUUUCCUUUUCUGUUUGGCAGGCUGAUGAUGUGAUAGUCGAGGCAGAAUCCUCCCUCUCUGCAUCAGAAGAAGACGAGGAUGCUGAGGAGGCGGGAGACAGCGAGAAUGACAUAAGACAGUUAAAGGCUCGUCGUCACGUUCUUGCCAACAAACUGGCACAGCAACAAAAGCGCAGAGAUAAGAUACAGGUAACAGGCAUGCUGUACGAAUGAUUAUUUGAAUGAAGACAUGAUUUGGAAGUGGAAUAUGUCUUUUUAACAUCCUGUAAUUUUAGUGAGAGAUCAGAAAAGGAUGGAAAAUCACUUAAGUCAAAUUACAGCAGCUCUAAAGGACAUCCAGAAUCUUUUUUAAAUGAGUUACAUUCAAAUGCAUUUUAAGUACAUCAAACUUGUUUGUGUGUUUCAGGCGGUGCUGCAGACCAGUGGGCAGCUGGAGCUGGAAGUGAGGCCUCUUUUCUUGGUUCCAGAUACAAACGGGUUCAUUGAUCACUUGGGAGGGCUGAAAAAACUCCUUCAAUGUGGAACAUACAUCAUAGUUGUGCCCCUCAUUGGUAAGAAAGAAAAGAAAAGCUGAAAUCUAAAGUCUGCUUUGUUAAGGUGUGCUCACGCCGUGAUCUGUGAUCUCCCACAGUGAUCACAGAGUUGGAUGGCCUAGCAAAAGGCCAGGACAACUUUGGCGGAGGAGUGGGGUCAGGAGGCCGCAACGCUGGAAGUCGCAGCAACUAUAAUGUUAGUGCGAGCCAUGUACAGGCAGUGCAAGAGAAGGCUCAGCUGGCAGUCGCCUUCCUGGAGAAAGGGUUUGAAGCCAGGGAGCCGUGCCUCAGAGCCCUGACGAGCAGAGGAAGUCAGCUUGAGUCGAUUGCCUUUCGCAGCGAAGACACCACUGGACAGCAGGUGAAAAAAUAGAGUAGAAAAAAAUUACCAAAAGUGUAUAUUUUUAAUCUUUAUUAGAUUACAUUCAGGUUAUGUGAUUUCAGACUUCACAGUGGGCUACAGUUUUUCACUUGCUUAGUUUCUUUUUACCCUCAGGGCAACAACGAUGAUGUGAUUCUGUCCUGCUGUCUCAACUACUGCAAAGACAAAGCCAAAGAUUUUAUGCCUCAUCAGAGAAGUACGCAACAUUGACAGUUUUUCAUUUCUACUUGUGUUCCACUGUCCUUUACAAACAAGAUUUUAAAAUACUUUGCGUAACUUAUGUCACUGUCCUUGUCAAAUACAGAUGGGACAGUGAGGCUCUUCAGGGAGGUGGUUCUCCUCACAGAUGAUCGCAACUUGCGUGUCAAAGCGCUGACCCGCAACGUCCCCGUACGAGACAUCCCUGCUUUCCUCAGCUGGGCCAAAGUGGGCUGAAACGGGCACCGCUGGAAUCAAAGGAACCCAACCGCUGAAGCCUGCUUGCCACUCAGCCAGGGGAGGAGACACACUUGGGGAGAAUAAGAGAGAGAGAGAGCGAUAACAGGGGAGAGGCAAUGAUAGAGCCAAGAACCACCUUCGUAUGGAACAUAAGCAAAUGAAGUGACAGCAAGGUGGUUUCAUGGAGCUUAUUCCCCCACCCUCCCUUGUGAUGAAGUGUGUGUAUGUAUGUGUUAAGAUCAGCGAGCUUCCCCAGAAGAAGACAGGGAGACUUGAUAAGUCUCAGAAAGGCUGGAUUAGGAGGUAAUAAGGAGGUAAUAAAGGAGUGAUUUGAUUUCUAACUUGUACACUCCAGCCUCCAGCCUCUGCUCCUAGUUAGUGAGUGUACUCUGCAAGCAGUAUUCAAAUUUGAGGCUAAUGAUAGAGUGAGGCCGAGAGAGGGAAAGUGUUUGUGGUCAUUUAAUUGAUAAAAGAGAGCAGUAACGAUGCCAUAAGUGGCACUUCCACACUUCUCUGAGGGCACAGUCAUAGAGGCUGCUGUGGUCUCUGCAGCCGAGUAAAGGAGGAGGAUGGAGAGAAGCACAGCUGGAGAGUCUGUCAGUACUGGAAGAGGUGUAUGAGUGUAGUGGGGGUCAUUUAAAAGCCUACAUGUAACCUCAUCACAUCCAAGACAAGGCCUGUUGGUUUGAUAAAUCUCGCUCAGCCCAGGAAAUGUUUGAUUGCUUUGAUGACUUAGGUUGUUGCUCAAACUUGAUGCGAAGUUUAAGGAUUAAAGGAAGCGAUCUUUAAAAUCAGUAACAAAAAACAUCAGUUAUAAUUUAUUUUUGCUGAUGCAAUCACUUGUUUUUAACUUGAGAGUUGUUUAUUUCUUAGAGGGCCUUUCUCCUUUUUGUAGAACCUGAUAGUAAAUAUCUGCAGAGCUUUUUUUCUUUAAAUACGUGAUACCCAAUUCAUUUAAUUCAGUUCAAUUUAAUUUUCAGUUUUGUUUUUUAAUUCAUAGAUUUUUCUGUUUUCGAACAGUAGAUAGAAAUGGAUAAAAUCAGUGACUCUACAAAAAGAAAAACUUUCCAUUUUAUUUGAUCUGGAAGCAACUGCAUUUGCACAAAAACAAACACAUUUAUGUCCAAAAAAUGCACCAAAUGUUUUAGCUUUUCAAAAGUAAGACUAAUUGUCUAAUUCAGUUUUUGUGCUUUUUCUUCAUAAAUAUCAUUGGCAACAUCUACAUAAACUGUCAUGUAAUUUGGAGAUGGUAGAACUCUGCAGAUAGCUUAUUAUCAAGUCUUGCCUGAUACUUUUGCUUCAUACUCACUCUCAUUUCAGAUUUUUGUGAUUAAUAGUUGCUACAGCAGUUUACCUUUUCAUCAAACGUUUCUUUCACCAACACCUGUUUUAUUUUCAAUUUAGCUGUCAUUUUAUUUUAGGUGUCAUAUCCACUUUUCUCAGCACUUCAUUUAGUUUAACAUGCAUGAAAUCUACUGCAAUAAAUGGCAGCCUGUUAACUUUUAGCUCGUUCAAGCUUCAUUUCACUGGCACAUUUUCAUGAAACAUGAGUAGUUUUUUUUGUUUUGAGUUUUUGCUUGCCUUAGAUUGCUUCAGUAGAAACUUGUGUGAUGUUCUAACUUGUCUUAGAUUGGUGUUUCUUUGUGCAUUUGUGUCUGGAGCUCGUAUGUCUAUUAAUCACAGUUAAUUCAGAUGGGUUUAAUGUAAUAUUGUCUGUAGAUAUAGUUCCCUUGCUCACUAUUCAUCCUGCACUGCCUCAGCUUGGAUGUUCAGCUUUCAUCAGCCGUUGAUGUUUCUGUAAUUGUUUAAAAAGUUAGCUAGAUUCCUACAUUUCCCAGCUCCCCUGCAUGGUGUUUACUUUAGUGUUCAGUGAAAUCUGCUGUGUUGAGUGCUGCUGCAUUUUAGUGUCAAAACAAAUGAUGUAGAGACAGCCAGUUAUGCAAAACUUCACUAAUUCAUCUUCCAUUAAUAAAAAUCUUUGAAAUUCAG